AUGGCCCCCUUCUUCGCCAACCAGAGCUGCGAUCCCUUCACCCCGAAGGAGAAGCCAUGUGAACUGGGCAACUAUGCUCGCUAUGCCGUUGAUGCCUCUGGUGCCCGUGACAUCCAGUGGGCCAUUGCCUUUGCCACGCUGCGCAACAUCCGUCUUGUCAUCCGCAACACUGGCCAUGACUACCUUGGCCGCUCGACUGGUGCCGGCUCGCUCGCCAUCUGGACUCACCACCUGAAGGACAUCCUCUUCAUCCCCAACUACAGCAGCGCUAGCUACAAGGGCACGGCCGUUAAGCUCGGUGCUGGUGUCCAGGCCUUCGAGAUCAUGGCUGCUGCCCGUGACAAGGGCCAGGUCAUUGUUGGUGGCGAGUGUUCCACAGUCGGCCUGGCUGGCGGAUACACACAGGGCGGUGGUCACUCUGCGCUGAGCACUAACUUUGGCCUUGCUGCCGACAACGUGCUCAACUUUGAGGUUGUCACUGCUACGGGCCAGCUUGUCAACGCCAACCGCGAGACUAACUCGGACCUCUUCUGGGCUCUGGCCGGUGGUGGUGGCAGCACCUUUGGCGUCGUUGUGUCCAUGACGGCCAAGACCUACCCCGACAAGACCGUCAGCGGUGCCACGCUCCAGUUCUUCAAGGCCAGCAACGGUGGCAACCAGACCCUCUUCUACAGCGGCAUCCAGGCUUUCCACGAGGAGCUUGCUGCCAUGGUUGAUGCUGGCGCCAUGGUUGUCCACUACUUCACCACCGACUUCUUCAUGAUUGCCCCCCUCACCGCGUACGGCAAGACCCAGGCCCAGGUCCAGGCCAUGAUGGCGCCCUUCGAGGCCAAGCUCAACGCCCUUGGCGUCACCUUCGCGUCGACCUACUCGCAGUCCAAGGACUACUACACGCACUACGACAUGUACUUUGGGCCUCUUCCCUACGGCAACAUCCAGGUCGGCAUCGCGCAGUACGGCGCGCGCCUGAUCCCCCGCUCCGUCAUCACGACCAUCGCGCCCACCUGGCAGGCCAUCAUCGAGAAGGGCGUGACGUGGAUCGGCGUCGGCACCAACGUCAAGCCCUUUGGCACGACCUCGACCACCUCGGUCCACCCGGCCUGGCGCGACGCCCUCGUCCAUGCCACCCUCACUCUGCCCUGGUCCUUCCAGGCCCCCUGGUCGGACGCCCUCGCCACCCAGAAGAAGAUGACCGAGGAGAUCAUGCCCCUCGUCGAGGCGGCCACGCCCGGCUCGGGCUCGUACGUCAACGAGGGCGACUGGCGCCAGCCCAACUGGCAGGACACCUUCUGGGGCAGCAACUACAAGCGCCUCCUCCAGAUCAAGCAGAAGUGGGAUCCCCUCAGCACCUUUUACGCCACCGUCGGAGUCGGCAGUGAGGCUUGGAAGGUCAGCAACGAUGGCCGCAUGUGCACUGCUUAA